AGUCAUUCGCUUGAGUUCUCACUCAACUGUCUGUCAGAUUACAGGUGACAUUUGACUGUGUCACAUCAAAAACAUUUUUUUCGAGUACGUGGUGUGUUGUGUUUCAGUGAGUACUUGCACUUAUAGAAUGAUGAUGAAAUAAUUCCAUCAUUGAUUGAAGGCUUUUAAACGAAAUUGUGUUUUGUGAGGAAAAUUAACUUUGAGUAUAUAGACGAGGAAUAUAGAAGAGAAGGAACAAAAAAAUAAUUAAUUUAUAAAAAAAAAGUUCUGUGAAAAACUGUGCAUUUAAACAUUGUAAAAUGGCCUUCGAAGAUCGUUUUAGUCCUCAAAGUGCGUCGAGUCCAGGACCGGGAGCACCACAUUCACCUCAGAACACCACAUCAGCAUCGGCUAUGACUAUUUGUUCAACGAAUUCAUCCUCGCCUAUACACCAAGAGAUGUCGCUUAGUGCAUCGAACGAUCGUUUAUCACCUGCCGUAAUAAUAAAACAAGAGGAUUGCUCAACAAAUCAAAUCACCUUUUCGAUCACAAAUAUUUUAAGUGAAAAUUUCGGAAAAAUUAAUAAAAAAUCUGAAAAGAAAAGUUUACUUUUCCGGCCGUACGACAUUGAUAGCAUAAGCAACAUAAAAUCGACACAAGUGAAUAGAACAGUAAAUAAUAAAUCUGCGUUAAGAUUGGAGAGUGAAGCAGCUUUAGACUUUAGUAAAAAUAAUUACUUGGAAAAAACCAGCAUAUUGAACAGUUUCAAUCAGUCGGUAUACCCGCGUAUUCAUGAGGAAAUUUUAAAUAGUAAAAAAUAUCAACAACACUUGUCGGAGAGUGCAUUUUCGAAAAUACCGCCACUGGGCAAUUUAUGCAAAACAGUUUCGCAAAUUGGACGACAAUCAACACCUAGUCCUGUUGUAAGAAAUGAUUUGUUGCCAUCACCCAUAUCCAGCGCUAGCAAUGCACGAAGUGAAGGUAAUGGAUCUCAAAAUUCACAUCAAAUGGUUUCGAGUCGUGAUUCCGGAAUGGAAUCUUCAGACGAUGCAAAAUCUGAAUCGGGCAGUACGAAAGAUGAUAAUGGAUCACAAUUAUGGCCGGCGUGGGUGUACUGUACCAGAUACAGCGAUAGACCUAGUUCGGGUCCAAGAUACCGAAAACCAAAACAGCCAAAAGACAAAUCCCAAAUACCCGACGAAAAGCGUCCACGAACUGCAUUUUCCAGUGAUCAGCUAGCUAGACUGAAGCGUGAGUUUACCGAAAAUCGUUACUUAACCGAACGGCGGCGGCAACAAUUGUCUGCCGAACUGGGCCUGAACGAAGCGCAAAUUAAAAUUUGGUUCCAAAAUAAACGGGCAAAAAUCAAAAAAUCCACCGGCAACAAAAAUCCUUUGGCAUUGCAAUUGAUGGCCCAGGGAUUGUACAAUCAUUCGACGGUACCAUUAACGCAAGAAGAAGAAGAAUUGGAAAUGAGAAUGAAUGGUCAAUUAUAAAUUAAGUUUUUUUUAAGAGAAAUUAUUUUGUGUACAAAAACCAGUGAAGAUGAAACGAAGAGUGGCGUGAACAUUAAAUUGUGAAUUGUAAAUAUUGACACAUGAACAUUUGAUAUAGUACAAUAUUACCUAAAAUUAUUCAAUUUAUAGGCAUAGAAAAUGGUUAAGUUCUCAUUCCUAAUAAUUAAGAUUUUUCAAAGGCUUUACUUGUAGAAUAUAUUAUACAAUAGAUCGUUAAAUCUAAGCAAGUUUUGUCAUCGAUUCCAUUUCAUCAAUUAAAGAAACGCCAUUUCAAAUCUAUCAUACCUCUAGUAUUAUGUUGUGCAAUACAUUUGUCAGUUAAUUGGUUUUCCUUUGUCUUUCGUUAAUUCUCUUUCACACAUCAAACAAACAAUAAUGUUAUAUUAUCACGAAUACCAAGUUUUAUUGAACAAAUUCAUUUAUAAAAUCUUUCGGUAAAUUUUGCUUUAAAACAGUUUGAAUUCUUGAAAAAUAUUUUAUAUUUGAAAUGAUCGACUAUAACCCACACAUUAUGUAUAUUGGUAAAUAAAUCUAAGUACUAAACUCUUGUGAUACAUAGA